GCUUCCUUCCAAAAGGUCUCCGUUCUGCGCAUGCGCACAUGGCAUCGCUCUCGCCGCUUAUUAAUUUUUCAUGGAAAAUGGCUGCGUUUCUAGUCUAAAGGCGCGGAAGCAGCAGAUUCGGAAAAAAAAUACAAGAUAACCACCCUUAUUUUCUAGUCACAGUUCACGUGUUAGCGUUUGAAACCAAGGCUGUACGAUGCGGUGACGCCUCCCCCCCCAGAGGCAAGAAGAAGAAAAGCGGUGUCGUGAAGGGGCAAAAAAAUGAACCCGUUUGCGCUCUGAAGGAUGAAAAAUCUUUUUUUUUAAUGACUUAUUCCUUAACUAUUUACGCGCGGACCUCGGACGACCAUUAACCUAAGGCUAGGAGCAUGAUUAAUUUUCCUGUACAAGUAUGUUCAGUGCACACUGCAGAGAAUGUGGAAUGAAUGUCCAAUGUGACAAUCUUGAUAAUCCACAAAAGCAGUGCAUUGAAGUCAUUUGAGUCAAUUCAACUCGGGGGAUGUUGAAGAUGAUGCGCCAGGUGACGAGCGGCGACUUCUGCAUGAACGCCAGGCCGUCAUGCCUGGCCGAGGAUGCCCACCACCCCGCCGCACACUUUGACCUCUGCCCCACGCAGCCCAACAAGUUCUACCCACCUCCGCCGCCGCCUUCGUCCGUCCAAAUGACGCUGGCGUCCAUGGCGGCGCCCGGCCCCGGCCUCAAGCCCAUGGCGUGCCCCCGACAGGAAGUCCUGGGCCCCACCAAGCUCCCUGCCGGCAAAAGCGGCGACCCGGCGGCAGCGGGGGACAACGGUAAGAAGAAGAGCAAAGGAGGCGGCAAGACGGGGCGGCGCGGUCGCCCGCUGGGCACCACCAAACUGGCCGGCUACCGGACCAGCACGGGACGCCCGUUGGGCACCACCCGCGCCGCGGGAUUCAAAACCAGCCCCGGCAGGCCGCUGGGCACCACCAGGGCAGCGGGCUACAAGGUGAGCCCUGGGCGGCCCCCCGGGAGCAUCAAGGGUCUCUCCCGCCUCAACAAACUGCCGUACGGCGGCGCGUGCAGCGGAGCCGCUUUCCCGUACCCGCUCGCGCACAAGGAGAUCGUCUGCGAAGCCUCCUGCAAGGACAAGACCCCCACGGAAUGAGGUAACCCCACUUUUUUUAAGAUGAUGGAUUUUUUUUCUUCUUUUUUAAUAUAUAAAUCCGCUUCCCCGGUGUCUCUUUUCUAUUAUCUCACAAACAAUAUUUCUACACACUCCCAAUGGGGAAUUGAGGAAAAAGACAUUUGUGCAACGGCGCCCCCUGUGAAGGCACCACGAACGUUGCCUUCAACAGUUUAGGACGCUCCAAUGGUGGAGUUCGAAACGGAAUCCGUCAUUGAUCGACUUUGCAUGAUGUGACAGUUUGGUGAUCCGCGGGCGUGGCUCCAUGUAGCUUUUUUUUGGGGGGGGGGGUGUUGGUCCAGUGUGAGUGUGUGUUCACCUAAUGACAAUACAGAGUCUCCCCGCAUAUUUGUGUCCACAGAUGUAUCCGUUAUAAAUGAGGAAAAAACCUAUUUGGUGUUUUUGUGACCAGGCCAUAGCCAUGUCUAAUUUAAUAGUAUCGCUUUGGUGCCAACCACAGUCAACCCGCCUCCAUGGCAGGGGUUCCGUUCUCGACCAAUAACAGGAUACGACAUCAUAGAAAUACUCGACUUUGGCAUGAUUUUGGAACUCAACUCGGCUGUCUUUAUAGAGCACUUUAAAACAUUCAUGGCCAAGAGCAAUAUAUAAAACCAAAAUAUUGUCCAAACGGUGUACUGAUCCCUUUUGUAAGGUAAUCUAUAAGUCAAU